AUGAAUAGAGUUCUCCAAUGUGACGAGGAUGAUGAUAGUGAAAAUCUUGGCGACGAUGCCGUGGAUGCAGAGUUAUCCAAGCUGUUUGAUUCUUCGAUUCAGACAAACCGUGAUCGAGUGAUUGAAUUGAGUGACGCCUUGAAGUUCUCUUCCAAGAACAAACGAAAUGCAAAGAGAUGA